GUUCAUCCCAACAAAGGGGCACAUUUCGCCUCACCUUAUCCAACCAUGCGAGUGUCCAAAACCCUGCAAAACAACACCCAAACCCCUUCAUCUAUGGUGUCAAAACCAAUACAAAAAUCCACAAAUCAAUCACAUUAAUCUUCAUACACCAUUUCCCAACACAAUUCAGUUACUACUUCCAAUUUAACAAUGGAACUUUCUUCCUCAUUUUCACUCUCCUCAAAACCCUGUUCAUCACCACACACUAACUUCUCUUUCUCAUCUUCCCUUUCUCCUUUCCCUAUCCAAAUUCUUAUCAAAAACUCCAAAUCUCGAAACCCUUCACAAACCCUUCGCGUUCUCGCAGUUACAAUAGAUUCAAAUUCAAAUUCAACUAAAGAUUUCCCUCAAAACAAUCCUCAACAACUUCUAAAAGAACUUGCAGAACGCAAAAAAUUCACUAAUCCAAAAUCAAAUUCUCCUCCAAGAAGAUACAUCUUAAAACCACCAUUAGAUGACAAAAAAUUAGCACAAAGGUUUCUUAAUAGUCCACAAUUAUCUCUUAAAUCGUUUCCUUUGUUGAGUUCUUGUUUACCUUCGUCGCGUCUUAGUAAUGCCGAUAAAUUAUGGAUUGAUGAGUAUUUACUCGAAGCGAAACAAGCGCUUGGAUACUCACUUGAACCAUCAGAGAUGUUAGAGGAUGAUAAUCCGGCGAAACAGUUUGAUACUUUGUUGUAUUUGGCUUUUCAGCAUCCUUCGUGUGAUAGAACGAAAACGAAGCAUGUUAGGAAUGGUCAUUCUAGGUUGUUUUUUUUAGGGCAUUUUGUGCUUGAAUUGGCAUUGGCUGAAUUCUUUUUGCAGAGGUACCCGAGGGAAUCGCCCGGUCCAAUGAGGGAGAGGGUUUUUGGAUUGAUAGGGAAGGAGAAUUUGCCUAAGUGGAUUAAAGCUGCUAGUUUGCAGAAUUUGGUAUUUCCUUAUGAUAAUAUGGAUAAGAUUAUGAGGAGGGAUAGAGAAGGACCAGUCAAGUCGGUAUUUUGGGCUUUGUUUGGGGCAAUCUAUCUUUGUUUUGGCCUUCCAGAAGUCUACCGUGUUCUUUUUGAAGUCUUUGGAAUGGAUCCAGAUGAUGAGGAUUGCCAGCCCAAGUUGCGCAGACAACUUGAAGAUGUGGAUUAUGUAUCUGCCGAGUUUGAAAACAAGCUAAACUGGCAAGAUAUUGUUGCUUAUAAGCCUCCUGCAGAUGCUCUCUUUACUCAUCCAAGGCUGUUUAGAGCUUGUGUUCCCCCUGGCAUGCAUCGGUUCAGAGGAAAUAUAUGGGAUUAUGAUAGCCGACCUCAAGUUAUGAGAACACUUGGAUAUCCAUUAGAAAUGACAGACAGAAUUCCAGAAAUUACCGAAGCCAGGAACGUAGAGCUUGGACUUGGAUUGCAGCUUUGUUUCCUGCAUCCAUCGAAGUAUAAAUUUGAGCAUCCUCGAUUUUGCUUUGAGAGAUUAGAAUACGUUGGUCAAAAGAUACAGGAUUUGGUGAUGGCUGAAAGAUUGUUGAUGAAGCAUUUGGAUGCUCCUGGGUUGUGGCUACAAGAGAAACAUCGUCGCAUUCUUAUGAACAAAAAUUGUGGCAGAUAUUUGAGGGCCAAACAACUGCACCGCUUUAUUAUAUACAAUGAUAAGGUUCAAGAUGCCUAUGAGCGCAACCGAAGACGGAGAAACCCAGCCACAACAGCUGUUAAUCAAGCUAUUCAUGGGCUCUCAUAUCUUGUUUAUGGGAAACGUGAUGUGAGACGUCUGAUGUUUGAAUUUUUUGACUUUGAGCUGAUCCAGCCUAAAGAGGUCUAAAUAUGAGACAAGAAUGAGAUGGCAAUAGAAGUACUCGGUUUGCUUUUUCACUUUUUUCCCCAUCCACUUAGUCUGCUUUUCCAUAUCAUGAUUUGAUACGCCUAGUUUUAGGUUAUUUACAAAUUCUUCUUUGUAAGUCGCUCUUGUAUAUAUUGAAUUAUUGAUUGUAUUUUAUUUUCUGGUACUGGGCGCCUUAGACAGUCUGCACAGAGAUGUGGAUACAUAAGUGACUGCUUGUUCAACUCUCCAUGGCUCAGAUAACGGAGUAAAAGCAUGAUAACAAAGAUGUAAUGUUGGUACUUGGUAUAAUUAUUCGAGAUAUUUUACGACAUAAUGGAGAAAA